GAGCCAAGACUGGACAGAGGAACGCACGGACAGACGAUAGACGGAGGACACGCUGGCUGCAGGACCCCGCUGCCUCCCCCUUCUUCCCGUUGUCUGUGCUCGGAGGAUGAGCCCAGCCUUCAGGGCCAUGGACGUGGAGCUCCGCGCCAAGGGUGUCCUGCUGGAGCCCUUUGUCCACCAAGUCGGGGGACACUCAUGCGUGCUCCGCUUCAAUGAGAUGACCUUGUGCAAGCCUCUGGUCCCAAGGGAGCACCAGUUCUACGAGACCCUCCCAGCUGAGAUGCGAAAAUUCACUCCCCAGUACAAAGGUGUGGUGUCCGUGUGUUUUGAAGAAGAUGAAGAUAGGAAUUUGUGUUUAAUAGCAUAUCCAAUAAAAGGGGACCAUGGAACUGUGGACAAUGUAGACAAUUUAGACUGUGAACCAAAAAGUAAGCUCCUAAGAUGGACAAACAAAAAGCAUCAUGUCCUAGAAACAGAAAAGACUUCCAAGGAUUGGGUGCGCCAGCACCGGAAAGAAGAGAAAGUGAAAAGCCAUAAAUUGGAAGAAGAAUUUGAGUGGUUAAAGAAAUCUGAAGUCUUAUACUACAGUGUAGAGAAAAAGGGAAACGUGAGUUCCCAGCUUAAACACUAUAACCCUUGGAGCAUGAAGUGCCACCAGCAACAGUUACAGCGAAUGAAGGAGAAUGCGAAGCAUCGGAACCAAUAUAAAUUUAUUUUACUGGAGAAUUUGACCUCCCGCUAUGAGGUGCCAUGUGUUCUGGACCUCAAGAUGGGCACACGGCAGCAUGGUGAUGAUGCUUCAGAGGAAAAGGCAGCCAACCAGAUCCGGAAGUGCCAGCAGAGUACAUCUGCAGUCAUCGGGGUGCGCGUGUGUGGCAUGCAGGUGUACCAGGCAGGCAGUGGGCAGCUCAUGUUCAUGAACAAGUACCAUGGACGGAAGCUGUCCGUGCAGGGCUUCAAGGAGGCGCUUUUCCAGUUCUUCCACAAUGGGCGGUACCUGCGCCGAGAGCUCCUGGGUCCUGUGCUCAAGAAGCUGACAGAGCUCAAGGCGGUGUUAGAGCGACAGGAGUCUUACCGUUUCUACUCCAGCUCCUUGCUGGUCAUCUAUGAUGGAAAGGAGCGGUCAGAGGUGGCCCUGGACUCCGAUGCUGAGGACUUGGAGGACCUGUCAGAGGAGUCGGCCGACGAGUCUGCUGGUGCCUAUGCCUACAAGCGCAUUGGCCCCAGCUCAGUGGAUGUGCGCAUGAUUGACUUUGCACACACAACCUGUAGGCUCUAUGGCGAGGACAGCGUGGUACACGAGGGUCAGGACGCUGGUUAUAUCUUUGGGCUCCAGAGUCUGAUAGACUUUGUGACAGAAAUUAGCGAGGAGAGUGGAGAAUGAGCACAUGAGACACUCUUCAUGCCCCAGUCACAGCUGUGCUGUGUCAGCAAGGUGCGGAGGAGGCCAGCAUGGCCAGGCAAUUGUCCCUGCAACCUGGAGCUGACUCAAAGAGGCCUCUAUCAGCCCCAGCCUGAGCCAGCCUCAGCUGUCCUCGGAGUCUAUUUAUUUUAAAUAUUUCUUCAACAUUCCACAUUUGAUGAUGCAGAUACCUCUUUCUUUCUUCAGUGUAAACGUUCUAAUACAAAUCUUUUUGUUUAUUGUA